AUUACGUCUGCUGUGCUGCAAGGCAGGCAAGGCAGCUGCAGAGAGAGAGAGAGAGAGGAAGAGAGCAGGGCUGACAACACCGGAGAGAGGCUGACUUUGGAGCAACAUUUGCAGCGUUUUUGGGUUGAUUUUACGCGUGUGUAGCGCUGCGCUGCUCCGUGUGGAGACCUUUACGCAUGCGUGGGAACACACGUCCUCUCUCCUCCGACCCGGAAUGACUGCCAGUGUCUAGCCAAUGCUGGCUGCGGGGGCUCCUGUCUUGUGGAUUAUCCGUCGAGCCCAGUCGCAUGGUCGAGCCCGGAGGAGGCCCCCCUGCUCCGCUGGAUGGACUGAUGGACUGAUGGACUGAUGUACUGAACGAGGACCGAGCGACGAUGCUCGGGUUCCACCGGCAGCGAGUGAACUGAUCCUCGGAUGUUCGGGCUACAUCGCCCCUACUCAAAACAUUUCCUCAUAAGGCAAAAAAAAUAUAUUCUUUAAAAACUGGACGCCCCUGGAGCAGUUUAUGACGACCCUGGUAGGAGCGUGAUGAGCGCGCGCUUCCACUUGCCUGCUGGCAGAUCCUACAAUGUCCGGGCGACGGAGCUGGAGCGAGACAGGCAGCACACACAGGUUGUGUGCAACAUACUGCUGCUGGACAACACCGUCCAGGCGUUCAAAGUCUGCAAGUCGGAUCAUGGCCAGGUGUUGCUGGACGCUGUCUUUAAGCACCUGGAGCUGACUGAGAGAGACUACUUUGGCCUGCACUUGGCUGAUGACUCCUUAGAUUCGCCGCGCUGGCUCGAUCCCAACAAGCCCGUCAGGAAACAAUUAAAAAUGUUCUUCAUCUUUCCAGGAGGGUCUCCAUAUAACUUAAGCUUCAGAGUCAAAUUCUUUGUGACCGACCCCGGUAAACUUCAGGAAGAAUACACACGGUACCAAUAUUAUCUUCAGAUCAAGCAGGAUAUAGUAACUGGAAGACUUCCCUGUCCACACAACACAGCCGCACUGCUGGCGUCCUACUCCGUUCAAUCUGAGCUGGGGGACUACAGUGAGACGGAGCAUACAGCCGGCUAUCUGUCGGAGUUCUGCUUCAUGCCCAACCCUCCUUCAGACUUCCACAAAGAGGUCGCCAAACACCACCAGCAGCACAGUGGUCUAUCUCCUGCCCAGUCAGAGUUUAAUUAUCUGAACACAGCACGCUCGCUGGAGCUCUACGGGGUGGAGCUGCACUAUGCAAGGGACCAGGGCAACACAGAGAUUCUUCUGGGGGUGAUGUCUGCCGGCAUCGUGAUUUACAAGAACAGGGUACGGAUCAACUAUUUCCCAUGGUUGAAAAUAGUGAAAAUCUCCUUCAAGUGCAAACAAUUUUUCAUCCAGCUAAGAAGAGAGGCGACUGAGACCCGGGAAACGCUGCUGGGCUUCAACAUGGUGAACUAUCGGGCCUGUAAAAACCUGUGGAAGGCCUGUGUGGAGCACCACACCUUCUUCAGGCUGGAUCGGCCCAUCCCACCACAGAAGAACUUCUUUGCUCACUACUUCACCCUGGGCUCAAAGUUCAGAUACUGCGGGCGGACAGAGGUGCAGUCUGUGCAGUAUGGAAAGGAGAAAGGCAUCAAGGACAGAGUGUUUGCCAGAUCACCCAGCAAGCCAUUGGCCAGGAAGUUGAUGGGUGGAACAGACUGGGAGUCAGUCAGCAGGAACAGCCUAUCAGAUGAGAGACUGGAGACCCAGAGCCUGCCCACUCGCUCGCCACCUGGGACGCCCAAUCAGAACUCACUGUUUGUACAAGAGGGCACACGACUACGCCCUUCGUCCGUUGGCCACCUGGUCGAUCACGUGAUCCACGCUUCACCCAGCCUGCCUGUCUUCUCCUCCUCCAAUCACAAGUCGGCGUCGUCCACGCAGGCCAACAGCAUCAGCUUGGACUCAACACCGUCUCCAGAGGGGCUAGAUGGCCAACCUCCAGCUCUGCCCCCAAAACAGCUGAGCAGGAAGACCUUGAGCCAGAUCAUCCAGGCCCACUCCCAGCAGAGCCUCCUGGACAACCACCUCAAUGAGAUGUACGAUGUUCCCGUCAACGCCGAUAAGACCACGCUAAAUGGAGUUGUCCCUCAUGAUAAUCUGGUCCUGAUCAAGAUGAGGCCUGACGAACAUGGACGUUUUGGCUUCAAUGUCAAGGGUGGAGCUGACCAGAAGAUGCCCAUCAUUGUGUCUCGAGUGGCUCCUGGAACAUCAGCCGACCUCUGUGUGCCUCGGCUUAACGAGGGCGACCAGGUGGUCUUAAUUAAUGGACGGGACAUCUCUGACCACACCCAUGACCAGGUGGUGAUGUUCAUCAAAGCCAGCUGUGAGAGCCAUUCGGGAGAGCUCAUCUUAUUGGUCAGACCAAAUGCCAUCUAUGACGUGGUGGAGGAGAAGGUGGACUCUGAGCCAGAUUUUCAGUAUAUCCCUGAGAAGUCCCCUCAGGACCCCGCCCAGCUAGACCAGCAUGCUUUGAGGGACUCCAUGGUCACACUGAAGGAAGGCCUGAUCAGUGGAGCCAUACUGGCUCAGUUUGAUCAACUGUACAGAAAGAGGCCAGGGAUGACCAUGCUGUGUGCCAAAUUACCUCAGAACGUUUCCAAAAAUCGCUACAGAGACAUCUCUCCUUAUGAUGCCACGCGGGUCAUUCUGAAAAGCACAGAUGACUACAUCAAUGCAAAUUACAUCAAUAUGGAGAUUCCAGCCUCGAGUCUUAUUAAUCGCUACAUAGCAUGCCAGGGCCCGCUGCCCAACACCUGCCCAGACUUCUGGCAGAUGACAUGGGAGCAGGGCUCAUCCAUGGUGGUCAUGCUGACUACACAGGUCGAGAGAGGACGGGUGAAGUGUCACCAGUACUGGCCCAAUCCAGACAGCAGCGCCACCUACGGAGACUUUACAGUAACGUGCCACAACGAAGAAGGCAACACGGCCUUCCUGGUCCGGGAGAUGACUCUCACGCACACACAGAGUGAGCAGGAGAGAGAGCUCACCCAGAUUCAGUACCUGGCUUGGCCUGACCACGGCGUACCGGACGACUCUACUGAUUUCCUGGACUUUGUGGCUCUGGUUCGGACCAAACGUGCUGGACAGGACCAGCCGAUGGUGGUUCACUGCAGCGCUGGGAUUGGUCGGACAGGGGUCCUGAUCACCAUGGAGACGGCAUUGUGUCUAAUGGAAUGCGGCCAGCCAGUGUAUCCUCUCGAUAUCGUCAGGACCAUGAGAGACCAGAGGGCCAUGAUGAUACAAACGCCUAGCCAGUACCGCUUUGUGUGCGAGGCCAUCCUGAAGGUCUUCGAGGAGGGCCUCGUCAAACCGUUCAAGACCGUCGUCUACCAGCUGAGAGACAAGGUGGACGAGGACAGGGAGGAGGAGUGGAAAGAGCAGCAGAGGGCAAAAGAAGGAGCAGAGUCGUCGGCGCUGGAGGAGGGGGAGGCGGCCGUGGUGGAGUUGCUGGACGAGGGUCUGGAUGAAGAGGACGAUGACGACGACGAAGAGGUGGAGGUCCUGGAUGUGGGGGAAGUGACAGAAGAUGGGGAGGAGGAGGACGAAGAGGACGAGGAAGCGGAGGAGCCAAGCGUCGCGAGUGUCACAAGCGUCGCGAGCAUCGCAAGUGCGCCACCAGCGCCAUCAGCGAGACCAGCGUGAACCCUGACCCCGACCCUGAUCCCGAUCCUGCCGACCCGUGACUUUUGACCUCUGGUGGUCAUCGGGGUUGCCAGGAGGAGGCCAGGUGGGCCGGAGGAGAGAACAAAAGCACUGUUGCACUUUAUGUUGAGAAAAAACGGAGAAAAAAAAGACACGCAAACGAACAAACGUGAGAGUCAUCGACAAGCUAGAUUUAAAAAAAAAAAAAAAAGAAACCCAGCUGUGUUGAAUAGGUACCAUUAGUGGAUAUUGUAUGUUCAGGGUAAAGAAAAAAAGUCUACAAAGAAUGGAAAGUUAAACGUACGAGAGAAUAAAAUGUGGAUGGGGAAUUGCUGUAGUGCCAUAAGUACGGAGGGGACGGGCCGCCCCCGUGGACGGAGAGGUUUUUUUAUUUUCCCGCGGUCGCCCUGUCCCCUUCUGAGCGAGUCUGUCAGACGGACCUGCCUUUUUUUAGUGUCCUUUUAGCUGAUAAAGAGAUAAACCUUAUCUUUUGUUCCUCAGAAAGAGUAUUUAUUGUGUUUUUAGUUUGUGUCAAACCCUGUCCACUGAACAAAAAAAAAAAACUUGUAUGUUUGUUUGUAUGAAUCUAGAGCUUCAUGCUUUCCUGAUUAAAUCUUAGGUAGUGAAGUAGUGCGAUUCCUCUUCUCUCUAACUACUUCUUUAUUUCUUUUUGCUUUCUCGUGGAGAAAAAAAACAAAACUGAUUUAAUUUAUUGUACUUGGUUUUAAUCUUUCUCAGCUUUCUACUCGUCUAAGUUUCUGACAGCACAGACUGACAGAUGGACCGCUGAAAGCACUUUGUGUCUCACUUCUUGUUCAACGCUGUGGCUAGUUGUACUCUCCAUCCUGCUUUGUGCUCUGAGGCGAAAACAUCGUUUGGCGUGGUGAAGAACAUGACAUGGUUUACAAUCCUCAGUGUUUACUGGGCACCUCUCUUUCACUCCUGUCACAGCAUCAUAUCUGCAGAGACAGACCUCCCACUGAAAGACAUAAUGAUAGAAGAUUCUACCUUUCAGCAUUGAUCAAUAAUUAAAACAAAUGCUCAGCAGUGUCGUAAAGAGAGAUUCCCCAGUAGACACACAGCCUCACUGAGUUACAAUCUAAGCUUGUUUCCAUGCUAAGAAACCAGGCUGAGAUCCGUUCAUUUUCUUUAUUCAAAUUCUCACGCAGAAAAGUUGAUAUUUAAAUCAAACCCUGGGUCCCUGCUGAAGUGUCCUUGAGCCAGACACUGACAACACAUCCUCAUCAUGUGUGAAGCUCUGUGGCUUCACUCUCUGGUUGGUAUCAAUCAAUUAAAGACACCAGAAUCACUCAUGAAAGCUUCUCUUGCUAUCAAUAUUUGCUUUUUAGAAUUGCUGACAGUGAACUGAUCUCAACCUUAGUGUGACGGGUAAAACGUGACUUUAAAAGCUUCCUCCACUGACCUCGAUUUUUUUUACACAACAGAAUAUUCAUUUAAAUCUCAUUAACAGGAGACAAACCUGGAUCUUCUGCACUUUGCAGUUGAGACUUGUGGGUCUUUGCUUCGUGUGAGCUGUCGUAUGACUCGGUAGGAAAAUCAAUAAGACUAGUUAUUUAAAACUUCCUCAUUUAAUCCUUUUUUUUUUGUGACUAAACGUCAGUGAGGUCACUGGAGCGGGGCUGUAAUCCAACCUUUGCUGUUUAAUUUAUUUUCUCAACUCGUCUGAUUGUCUGCCAGAGAACAGUUGACAGUUCAAAGAAGCAGCACAAACGGAACAUUCAACCCAUCAUUUUUCCUUUUUUUUUAUUUUUAUUGAUCUUUCCCAACGGUACUACAUUUUGAGGCACGUGUUGUUUUGAAGCCGAGAUGAUCAUGAUGAUGAUGAUGAGCGUUAAUGAGACUAAGUGAUGACUUGUAUUUUUUAAAUUCACAAAACCCAGCAUCAAGUUGCCUGUUGAGUCUUCUUCUCUUUUUUGUCAAAGUACAGGUUAAGCUGCCGCUGUACUCUACAUAGUGGUAUGGAAUGAAGUGGAGCCUCUUCAUGAUUUUUAGAUAUUUUUCUUAUCGGCUGAUUCAGAACCUGCUGUUAAAGAAAGAAAGAAAGAAAGAAAGACAAUAACCUACUGCUGUGAGUGUGUGAGAGUGUGUGUGUGUGUUAUCUUUCUCUGUUCCUCUUCCUCCUCCGUUUUCUAACGUAUAGUUUGUUAGCUGUCUGGUCUAAGCCUGCUUGUCCGUCAACUGGAAUGAAGGGUUGUGCCAUAAAGCCACAAACCUAAUCUAACCUGAUCUCAAGUCUGUCUGUUUUUUUUUUGAAGGAACUCAGAUAGAGCCUUCUUGGAGAGUGUUUUUUUUUUUUUUUUUUUUUAGUCUGUCCUAAGAACCAGGCUGAAUCUUUCCCUGUAAAACAUUUCAAACAGAUGCUCCUUCCUCCCUUUCAAAAAGCCGAAUCACACUUUUGACACAGAGGUGGGAUCAAGAAGAGCUAUAGCUUUCCUCUUCUCUAU